AUGGCCAUUUUUAGAUCUUUUGAGGAAGAAUCGAACAUUACAUCAGUUCACAUCUCUCCUUUACUCACCUUCCUCCCCCUACCGCCAUCGUCUCUUCUCCUUUACUCACCUUCCUCCCCCUACCGCCAUCGCGUCUUCUCCUUUACUCACCUUCCUCCCCCUACCGCCAUUGUCUCUUCUCCUUUACUCACCUUCCUCUCUCUAUCGUCACCGUCCCUUCUCCUUUACUCACCUUCCUCCCCCUACCGCCAUCGUCGCUUCUCCUUUACUCACCUUCCUCUCCCUACCGCCAUUGUUCCUUCUCCUUUACUCACCUUCCUCUAUGGUCAUCGUCCCUUCUCCUUUACUCACCUUCCUCCCUCUACCGCCAUUGUCCCUUCUCCUUUACUCACCUUCCUCUCUCUACCGCCAUCAUCCUUUCUCUUUUUCUUACCAUCCUCCAUCUACCACCAUCAUCCCUUCUCCUUUUCUCAUCUUUCUCUCUCCACCACCAUCAUCAUUUCUCUUUUCCUCACCUUUCUCUCUCUACUACCAUCACCCUUUCCUCUUUCGCCUGUUUUAAAACAUGGUCAUCUCUUGUUUCCCUUUUCUUUUAUUUUUGUUUCCUUCUUCCCUUAA